GGCGUCUUCCAUAUAUCCGCUCCGGCUCGUUGUCUCCACCCGGUAUUUCAGGCAGCAACAUUGUUGCAACCACCAUUCGUUCGUGACAUCGAAGGCGGACCGCAGACACUCCGAGGGUCAAAAGUGUUUAGAAUCAUCUAGGGCGUUGCAGUGGAACGGGAAUUGAAGGUUCAUCCGUUUUCAAUUACAUCUCAAUCUUCCCAGUUCAGCAACGAUGUCCUCCACCCAAACCCCCAUCCGCGUCGGUGUCCUCUACGAAGGGACGCAAAUGACAGACCUCGCCGGCCUCGACCUCCUCGGCAACCUCACGCCUCAAACCAUCAACUUAAUAAUAGCCAUGAACCCGCAAUUCGCCUCCUUUGCACCCCAUGCCAUUCCCAUGACCUUCCUCUACAUAUCCUCCUCCAUGGACCCCGCCCACGUGACACCAGACAUGUACGUGCGACCCACGCACACCUACGCGACCGCCCCGCGCGACCUCGAUAUCCUUCUCCUCGGUGGCCCGAACCCAGCGACUGUCCAUGAAGAGAGCUUGGUGUUUUUGAAAGAGGCGAGUAAGCAGACGAAAGUCAUUCUUACCACGUGCACGGGAGGUAUGUGGUUGGCGAGGAGUGGGGUGUUGGAGGGGAAGAAGGCUACCACGAAUAGGGUCAUGUUGGGAAUGGCGAAGAAGAUGUUUCCUGGCACGGAGUGGGUGGACCGUCGGUGGGUUGUUGACGAGGGGUGGUUUGAUGGCGCGGAGAUUUGGACUGCUGGCGGUGCCGGGUGUGGUAUCGACAUGUUCAUCGAGUACACGUACCAGAACUUCGACAAGAAGAUGGUGGAGUUUGGGUGUGUGGGUUUGGAUUUCGACUUUGAAGGACGUAGCGAAUUCUACAAGGGAGCGCUGCCCGAUAUGACGAUGGCUUAAGAAUACGAAGAGCCCGGCUUUCCAGAAGACGUCGCGUAGAAGAACAUCUACACUUCAUAGGUGCUUCUGAAUUAUUCCACAGUUGUUCCAGUCCCGGCUCCGCCGUUUUCAAUAUGGGUAACAUUUUUUCGUGUUAGACGCCAUCUUGUGCUUUUGUUUUGAAAAGAAGGGCUAGGCACAGUCUCAUGCCACUUUUCAUCCUCUAAUUUGAGAGAAGGAAGUGCGAGGGCUGAUGCAAAGGGGAAGCAUCCGAAAACUCAUUUGCAUUAUAGGCCUCUCCCGCUGUGCCGCACGAUACUAUAGCGACACGUCCUUCGUUUUUCUCACUUCUCAUACAUAAUAAUACAGGUUUCGAUAGCCUUUCCUCCCACCUGAUCCUAAUAUCAAUAUGUAUCAAUUUUUAUUCUUAUUAUCUGCCA